UAGAAGAAACUAAACAACGUUUCCGAAACCUCAACUUCAACCUGAAAGUCGCAGAGGAGUGUUUGAAUAGAAUUUAGUAGCAAAUUGGUAUUGAAUUGAUAGGUAGUGAGUGUUGGGAUCAUUCAUCAAUCAUGAGUUUAAUGAAUCCGAAAACAGAGAAAUUGGUGAGAAGGUUAACGAUUGUGGUAACCGUUACUGCUUCCUAUUUUCUCUUAACCGCUGAUUAUGGCCCCAGACCCAAUGCUCUCGACCCUAUUAAGAAGCGAUUACUUUCUGCAGAGAGCACUGUGAAAGAGUAUAUUUUGGGAUCAAAGAAAGAAUCUCAAGAAAAUCACAUGGGAAAUCUGGACAGCAACAAGGAUCAUCCAUAAAUUUAUGGUAGUCUUGUAUAGGAGCAUCAUGCUGAGUCAAGAUUUCUGGCUGCUUCCGUCGCCCCCCUAUGUUUCUUAUCUUCUGUAUGUGCAU